AUGGCUCCCAUUAAGCCGCAUUGGGUGCAGCCCUCGCAUCCCGACAUCCAGCAGGUCAUUGUCACUGGUAAUGCUGAGGAGUUUACCACCAAGAGCAUCUCCAAGAUCGCGCUGCCGCCCUUCGGCCUGUUCGCCCGCCUUGACUUCCCACCAUGCACCCCGGCCCCCGUCCCGACCUAUGCCACAGUCCAGAUUGGACGGGAUAAGCAUAUUGAUCUGAACAGUGAUCUUCUGUACAUCAACCACUCGUGCGAGCCGAGUCUUAUUUUCGACACCUCCAGCAUGCUCGUAAUCGCCGGCCCAAAGGGCCUUAAACCGGGCGACGAGCUGACGUUCUUCUACCCCUCUACUGAAUGGGAAAUGGCCCAGCCCUUCGACUGCCUCUGCGGCGCGCCAACCUGCCGCGGCCGCAUCGCCGGCGCCCGCGACAUGUCGCUCAAGCAGCUCGAGGGCCUCUGGCUGAACCGGCACAUCCGCGAUCUGCUCGAGGAGCGCGAGCGUGACAGGGCUCUGAAGGCGGGCAAGCUGUUCGGAAAUUACACCCUAAGCAACGGCUACUCCAACGGCAAUGGUUACACCAACGGGAACAGCGCCCUUCUGCCAACUUUGGACCUGGACCAGACCGUCCUGGCCUUGCGCGAGGCGCUCGCUCAGGCGGAGAAGGUCGUUGAAGUGGCGAGGUCAGCUAUCACUUCGUAUGCGGUUUCUUGCCAAGACGAUGAUAGCACAUUCCGGAACGGCAAGAAUGGCAAGGCCGACGGCCGUGCUGCGAACGGCAGCGGCAGCAGCAGCAACGGCAAUGGGUAUGAUGCUCCGGCCCCGACGCCCCCCGGCUUGCAGCGGCGCGGCCCGACGUCACGAGAGUUGGCUGGCGAAGAGGGCGGCGAUACGAGCUCGCGGGUGAGGGCGUAA